CCGAGGCCGGGCAGCGGCGGUGGCUGGAGGGUGCUGAAGAUGGCAAACAGCUCUGCUCCUUGGAUUGGCUGCGCUUAUCUCUUCCUCCAGUCAACAUGUAAGACAAUCAUUCUGCCGUCUCUCUACGAAAGCUCCCAGAAGAAACCUAGUGUGUUCAAAGCACUGAAGCUGGCAUUAGCAGACUCCACUGGCAGCAUAAAUGGUGUGGACAUGCUCAAAGUGCACUGCAGCCACCCACACCUGAUAAUCCAGCUCAAGUUCUGCAAGCAGGAGAACUGCCGCCGGUUCCUGCAGAGCUACCGGGAAGGAGCACUCCAGGAGUCCCUCCAGAAACACCUCCAGCUCUCCUUAGCCAUAAGCACAGUGCCUCUUGAAAUGGAGCUGAAGGCUGGAAGUGAGCACCUCGACAGCAUGCUAAAGGAUGAGGAUCACUGCCUGGAAUGUAUCUACAGAGAAAAGCCAGACCGCCUGAGGGAUGAGGAGAUCACAGAGCUUGAGAAAUGCCUGGAGAGACUGAUUGUUCAUCAGAGCAUCAACAACACGGCUGCAAAAGACUGCACAUCUCUCAACUCCCAAUCUCUACCUGGCCCUUCUCAAGGCAACUCCCUUUCCCCACAGGUCACCUUCACCUUUCAGGGACAAGAGUUUGAUUCCCUCUCAAAAGUGCCAUUAAGUUCUGGAGCUCAUGGCAACCUUCCUUCAAUCUCAUCAUCUUUUAAGAGCAUUCACAGGUGCCUCCAUUGCAGAGACUCGAAGGAAAAGGGUUUUCCAGUGAUAUUCCAUGGUGGAAUUGUCUUGAGCACAUGGCUGGUUUGGGACCAUAGCAGUGGCUGUUUAAUGCUGCCUUUUCCAGAUUAGUCAUCAUCAUCAUCAGAUGCAAUGAAAACUCAAUUCUGGUCUCAGGUGGACUCCUUCCUGCUGAAAGAACUGUUUUUUUUUUUUUUAUUAGCUGGCACAAGCUUAGAUGAGACAAUUUUCCCAGAAGCCUUAGGAUUAAAUAGGUCAAUUGAAUUGUGAGUAUACAAAGUCAUUUGCAUUGAUUUGGCAUUUCGCUGGGGCUUGACCUUGAAUUUACUUAUUUUACCAAGAAGAUUUCACAGUGGUUUUACACCAAAGACAAGGAAACUUGAUUGAACAGGGAAGCAAGAAGCACUCACAAAGAAAAAAACAUUAGUAGAGAUUUGUUGAAAAAGUUAGAGGUGUGUCUUUGCCUUGAAUAGUAAUGCAAAAAAAAUUGGAACUGAAGGAAGAGCUACAUGUUAGGGAUACCACCAGAAACUCGGUGCUACAUGCUAGAUGAUGUAGAUAAUAGCUAGAUAAUAAUGACCCCUUUCUUUCUUGCCUGUGCAAAGUUAGUUGUGCGCAUGUUGCACCUACUCAGAUGUGACAUGGAAGUGAACUCUCUUCCUUCUGUUUUAUCAAUUACCUAAUGUCUAGUGUGUGAGAUAAGCCAUGGGCAGUGCUACUGCUGGUGAGUUUGGCCUGACCCCCUAACAGCACUUUUCUGGGUAAUGUAUGUCGGGGAAAAAAGUAAUGCGUUUCCUGGCGGUAGUGGGGCUCAGAAUCAAACAUGCAUCAAAACAGCACAAUACUAAAUGCAAAUAAAGAUGCAAAUCAGCUGCAUGUAAAAAAAAAAAAAAA